AUGGCUCAUCAACCGCCAUUUGAUGAGCAGGCGGGCCCCAGCGGGCAGCGAUCCGUCAGUAUGCCAAACGUGAUUCCCAGUGCCAGUCUUCACCAACGACGCUAUGAUGCAGAAAAUACCGAUUCUUGGGUCGAAGUUGCGUCGCAGCCAUCGUCCUCGUCGCUCUCCAGCAUCGGCGAUGAAAUAGUGACAACUGGCUUGCGAGUUGGAAACUCUUACAGCCGUCGCCGGCGAGUGCAGGCAUCAGCGAGAUCCGUACCACGUAUACAGACUACCAUCCCUAUCACAGGGACAAGCAGCCAAGAUGAAUAUGAUGAAAGCGACAGCGAGGAAGAUCACGUCCUCUCUAGCUCGACCGAGAACAUGCAGCCGUCACCAGAGGAGGAUAUGGAGGAUUCCGACGGGGAGUCUGACGGAGAUGAAGGUACGGCUCUAGGGGGAGCGCAAAACCAAACCGGCUUUCGACCACAACCAAAUGCAUUCUCUCAUCCUCCAUCACAUCAGAGAAGUUACUCGUCAAAUGCCGCCAUGUCCCCACAUCCCCACGGCGACUUUACACGGCCCUCUUUCUCCCAGCGCUCGCAUACGAGAGUUCAACGUGGGCCUAGCUUCAUGUCACCCUCCGUUCGCGAAGAUAACGAUGCCGCUCUCCGCGCUUCCCUGACCACUCUCCUGUCAUGCGCAGCUGCAGCUAGAGGCCUGCCUAAGAGUAAGGAGGAAACUGAGGCGCAGCGAGCUGCACAAUCUGGAGUCGGUCCCAGCAGCCAGCCCAUGGAGCUCCGCUUCGUUCCCGAAAAGGAUCUAUCAUCCUCGCGGACUGGUGCACCCUCGGAGAAGACGAAACGGGUUGUAUCAACGGCCCGAAACCCUCGAGCGAUAAAGAAGAAGAAGACGGCAACUACAGCCGUUGUUGCGGAGGAGACUCUCAUUUCUCCGACUCUCCUGACCUGGGUUGUCAGUGCUGGAGUCGUCGUGCUCGUAUCCGUAGUUGGCUUUGGAGCUGGCUAUGUUAUUGGGCGUGAAGUCGGCCGCCAGGAAGGCUUAGCAGCGAGCGUCAGCAGUGUCAACGAAACUGCUUCUUCCAGCCGCGACGUGAUUCGCUCGUCCGGCAGCGGCCUAAGACGAUUUAAAUGGGGUGCCGUGGGAAGAAGCAUUGUCGCCCAAGCGUAA